AUGACGACGCCGCCGACAACAGACAAGAACAACGACAACGACAACAGCAACAACAACGACAACAACAACACCAACAAGAGGUCCAAUGAAAACCGGCAGCAACACCAUGACAUGGCCAGGACAACAACAAUGGCAGCCGGAAAAGCGUCGGGAAAAAUGAGGGAGCAAAAUAUAUGGCAUACACUUAGGCGCGCCAAGUCGCUUACUGACUUCUUGCCUAUCUCGCCCGUCUGA